AUGGGUCGUAGUCGAGAUCGUGAAGGGUCGCUAUCAUCAACAGGCUCAGGUCGAACAGCACGAUCAAAAAAAUGGGAUGGAGAAAAGGGUCAUCGUAUACAUUUAUCCGAUUUACCUGUUGGUGUUACUAAACAUGAAAUUGAAAAAUUAUUUCGUCGAUUUGGAGAAUUAAAUGAGAUUUGGGUUGCAUCUAAUCCACCUUGUUUUGCAUUUAUUAAUUUCACUCAUCGAUCUGAUGGUGAACGAGCAAUAAAAGAACUUGAUGGAACAAUUUUAGCUGGUUCAAGAAUUGGUUUAAGUUGGGCUCGACCACGACAUUAUGGUGGGCGAUCACGUAAUCGUUCACCCUCACCUUCCUAUCGUCGUCGUGAUCGAGAUUCUUAUAAUAGUAGUCGUCGUCCUCCUCCUCCUCGUCGCUAUUCAAGAAGUCGUUCACGUAGUCCAUAUUACCGACGUUCUGAGGGUGGUCGUCGUCGACAACGAAGUCCAUAUUCUCGAUCACGAUCACCACGUGAUGAUCGUCGAAAUGACCGACAAAAAACAUCUAGUAGACGAGAAGAACAUAAACGUCGUCGAUAUUCUUCAUCACAUUCAGAUCGUAGUUCUCAUCAUUCACCACGACGUGAUAAUGGAAAACAAGCAACACGUAGUCCUAGCAAUGAACGUCAACGAUCAGCAACACCUAAUAGUGACCGUCGUCCAUCUGCUACAGAUGAUAAUCGUGCUGAGAUUGAAGUCGAUGCACAAGAUUGA